CAAAAAAAAGCAAAAAAAACGGGUCUCGAGAGGAAAAAGAGGAAAACUGUGUAGAACUCUGGAGAGGGUGAAGUCCCAGUGAGUUCCCAAUUUGCAUUGCUCCUCGCUCUUGUUCCAUUCAUUGCACUUUGUAGAACGAAAGCUACCUCAUUUCUGAUCUCUCCUCACUUUCCUCGAAUCGAAGAUACUUUUGGGGUGAGGAUGAGGAUGUCAUUGAUUCGGCCUCUGUUGGCAAGGCGAGGUUUCAGCACAAGCUCUGAAAAACUUGUUGCUUCUGUGCUCUUUGAGAGGCUGCCAGUGGUCAUUCCCAAAGUCGACCCUGUAGUUUAUGCAUUUCAGGAAUUUUCAUUUCGAUGGCGCCAACAAUUUCAACGCAGAUAUCCUGAUGAAUUUCUAGACAAAUCUAAUGCUAGGGGCAAAGGUGAUUAUCAGAUUGACUACGUGCCAGCACCACGAAUCACCGAAGCUGACAAAACGAAUGAUCGAAAGUCAUUACAAAGAGCUCUUGACCGAAGACUUUACCUUCUUCUUUUCGGUAAUACAUAUGGGGCUCCAAGUGGGAAGCCUGUGUGGCAUUUUCCGGAGAAAGUUUAUGAAUCAGAGGAGAACAUGCGCAAGUGUGCUGAAACUGCAUUGAAAUCAAUCAUAGGGGAUCUUUCUCAUACAUAUUUUGUUGGAAAUGCUCCAAUGGGUCAUAUGGUUGUUCAGCCUACAGAAGACACAUCUAAAUCCACCCCUUUUAAGAGAUUCUUUUUCAAGUCACAAGUAAUUGCGAAAAACAAGUUCAACAUCGGAAAAUGCGAGGAUUUUGUUUGGGUGACAAAGGAUGAAUUGUUGGAGUACUUUCCAGAACAAGCCGAGUAUUUAAACAAGAUGAUCCUUAGCUAAUUACAGCAGAGGAUGGUUGUUUCAUUAGGAUAAUUGCAAAUUUGUUCAUACAAUGCUGCAGGACCUUGAAAGAUUAUCAAGCUAACAUAUAGUUUAUGGUCAAAAUAGAAGUUUAUGCUUGUUUUGGAGAUUUA